GGGGCGGGGGCGCGCAGAUGGCGACGCAGGUGGAGGCGCUGCUGCCCGGCGCCCCGCUGCUGCCCGCCGAGGAGCGCGCCCUGGUGCUGAAGCCGCCGCAGGACGGCGGCCGGGAGAAGGGCGAGCCGCCCAUGGGCCCCGACGGCGGCCCCGCGGCGCCGCGGCCGCCCAGCGCCAAGCAGCAGAAGGAGGAGAGCAACAACCAGGAGAAGGAGAGCCUGCUGCGGGCGGGCGGCGAGGCGGAGGACGGCGGCGAGGCGGGCGGCGCGGGGCGCCGGGAGUUCAUCGAGGCCCCGCCGCCCAAGGUGAACCCGUGGACGAAGAACGCCGCCGCGGCCGUGCUGACGGUGAACGGGCAGUCGCCGCCAGAUAUAUUUCCAGCUGAUGGCCAUUCUGAACAUACAACUCCUGCUAAAGUGGUAAGGGCUGCCAACCCGAGACAGCGGAAAGGAAGCAAGGUUGGUGACUUUGGUGAUGCUACAAACUGGCCAACACCUGGAGAAAUAGCCCACAAAAGUGUCCAGCAGCCACACAAAGCACCAUCCAUCCGUAAACUGCCUGUCAAGAAAGACAUGAAGGAACAGGAGAAAGGAGAUGGGAGCGAUGGCAAGGAGAGUCUUAAAACUAAAUCAGAUGAGUCUGGGGAGGAGAAGAAUGGUGAUGAUGACAACCAGAAGUCAGCCCAAAAGAAGAAAGGCAACAAACACAAGUGGGUCCCUUUGCAGAUAGACAUGAAGUCAGAGGUGCCCAGGGACAAAACGGCCUCUCGGAACAACCGGCAAAACGAGCAACACAGACACCCUUCCAAUAACCGCAGUGAGCUGAAAGGCUGGCACCCAGAUAAUAAGCACGAACGCAGCUGGCAAGACCAUGAUGAAACCUCCAGUGUGAAGAGCGAGGGAGGAGCUGUGCGAGGGGCCUUCCGGGGCAGAGGCCGGGGCCGAGGCAGGGGCCGGGGCCGUGGCAGAGGAGGUGCUCACCCGCACUUUGACUAUCAGUAUGGGUACCGGAAAUUUGAGGGUUCAGAUGGCUCCCGCACCCAGAAGUAUGCUAGCAACAUCACUUACUACUUCGACAACAUCAGCAGCACUGAGCUGUACAGUGUGGACCAGGAACUGCUCAAGGACUACAUCAAGCGCCAAAUAGAAUAUUACUUCAGUGUGGACAACCUGGAGCGAGACUUCUUCCUGCGUCGCAAGAUGGACUCAGACGGCUUCCUUCCCAUCACCUUGAUUGCCAGCUUUCACCGGGUGCAAGCACUGACUACUGACAUCAGUCUCAUCAUCAAGGCUCUGAAGGACAGCAAGGUAGUGGAAAUUGUGGACCAGAAGAUCAGAAGAAAAGAGCAGCCAGAAAAAUGGGCUCUGCCUGGCCCUCCUAUGGCAGACUACACACAGACAGACUUCUCCCAGUUCAUUAACUGCCCUGAGUUUGUGCCCAGGCAGAGCUUCCAGAAGGAGACGGAAUCUGCUCCUGGCUCCCCACGUCCUGCCAGCCCAGUCCCCACCAAAACAGAGGAGGUGAGUAACCUGAAGACAAUGCCCAAGGGCCUGUCCGCCAGCCUGCCUGACCUGGAUUCAGAGACAUGGAUUGAGGUGAAGAAGAGACCUCGGCCCUCCCCAGCGAAGCCCAAGAAACCAGAGGAGUCAAAGACGCCACAGCAGCAGAAGCAAAAGGACCAAGAUGAACCAGAGGAACUGGACUUCCUUUUUGAUGAGGAGAUGGAGCAGAUGGAUGGCCGCAAGAACACAUUCACUGACUGGUCAGAUGAGGAUUCGGAUUAUGAGAUUGAUGAUCGGGAUGUGAACAAGAUUCUCAUUGUGACACAAACACCUCCUUACCUGCGCCGGCACCCUGGGGGGGACCGGACUGGCAACCACACGUCCAGGGCUAAAAUGAGCUCAGAGCUGGCCAAGGUGAUCAAUGAUGGGCUGUACUACUAUGAGCAGGACCUGUGGACAGAGCAGUUUGAGCCGGAGUACUCUCAGAUCAAGCAAGAGGUGGAGAACUUCAAGAAGGUGAAUAUGAUAAGCAGGGAGCAGUUUGAUACCCUGACCCCAGAGCCCCCUGUGGAUCCAAACCAAGAAGUCCCUCCUGGCCCUCCCAGGUUCCAGCAAGUACCUACAGAUGCUUUGGCUAACAAGUUGUUUGGAGUCCCUGAGCCUUCGACGAUUGCCCGGUCUUUGCCUACGACUGUCCCAGAAUCGCCCAACUACCGCAAUGCCAGGACCCCCCGGACCCCUCGCACACCUCAGCUGAAAGAUCCGACACAGACGCCUCGGUUUUACCCAGUGGUGAAAGAAGGCAGGACGAUAGAUGCCAAGACUCCACGAAAGAGGAAGACGAGGCACAGUUCAAACCCCCCGAUGGAGUGCCACGUGGGCUGGGUGAUGGACUCUCGGGAGCACAGGCCUCGUACUGCCUCUAUCAGCUCCAGCCCCUCAGAGGGAACGCCAGCCGUCGGAAGCUAUGGCUGCACCCCGCAGUCCCUGCCCAAGUUUCAGCAUCCUUCACAUGAGCUGCUCAAGGAGAACGGCUUCACGCAACACGUCUACCACAAGUACCGUCGGCGCUGCCUUAAUGAGCGGAAACGACUGGGCAUUGGACAGUCCCAGGAGAUGAACACGCUUUUCCGGUUCUGGUCCUUCUUCCUCCGAGAUCACUUUAAUAAGAAAAUGUACGAGGAGUUCAAGCAGCUGGCUGUGGAGGACGGGAAGGAGGGAUACAGGUACGGUCUGGAGUGCCUUUUCAGAUACUACAGCUAUGGGCUGGAGAAGAAAUUCCGGCCAGACAUAUUUAAAGACUUUCAAGAAGAGACCAUCAAGGAUUACGAAGCUGGACAGCUUUAUGGGCUAGAAAAGUUCUGGGCCUUCUUAAAAUAUUCCAAAGCCAAAAACCUGGACAUCAACAGCAAAUUGCAAGAAUACCUCAGCAAGUUCAAGCGCCUCGAGGACUUCCGAGUGGACCCACCCAUGGGAGAGGAAGGUGGACACAAGAGAUACCCAGCGACAUCAGGGGGAGAUGGCAGGAAGCGCUAUCCAUCCCAGUCUUCCAGCAAAACGGUCAGCCAGUGCCCAUCCAGCCAAGCUCACAGCUCGCCCAGCCAGCCUGCGCAUGAGGAUGCCAAAAACCUGAGCCAGCUAGUCCCUACCCCGGCAGCCGCAGAAUCACAGACAGCGGGGAAGUAGAGGGGCUGCAGCUUCUGCUUCCUGCUGAGAGAGUGGGUUGGUGGGGGACUGGCUCGGAGAAGGGGAGACGUGAGGAGGAGGGACAGGAAAGGAAUUGGAAUAUGGGUGCCUAUGAACAGGCUGCUAGGGAGAAACUUCAACGCACAUGAUUAUUAUUAUUAUUUUUUUUUCUCUUGUGGCUGGAAAGCAAAGAUGAUCUGCAUCUAAAACACCAUUUUGCUAUUACAACCCUGACCAGAGCCAGACCCACCAUCACUGGACCCAUCCUUUGCUUUUCCUUCCCACUGUUCCCCUUCUGUGCACACAUUCAUGUCUUAGUGUCUCUUUAAAAAUGUUCUGGCUGGGUUGGAAAGGGGAGAUUUUUUUAUUAUUAUUAUAUAUAUAUCAAGUUUUAAAUUAUUGCUAGAAGUUUGUCUGGAUUUACCAAAACAAGUCUGCUCUGCGUGGCCCCAAAAGCUCCCCUCUGUGUUCACCCUUUGCAUCGCUGGGCAGCCUGAUCAGGAAGCUCGGAGGAGUGAGGUUCCCCGAUGGGGGAUCGAAGCCGCAGCGUCUCGUGACCCUGUGGAGCCUCUGAUCUCCAUGACCUGGCUGGUUUCUCCCAUUCCACUUACGACAGUGCGUCUUUGUCACUGACUGCUGCAAAAGGAACAUCACCCUGUUCGUCUUCCCUGUCCCUCCUCCCCAGCGUCUUCACCUCCAGCCUUCCCUUGGGUCUGGUUCUCCUUCUGCCCACCUCUCCCUUUCAUCACGGACAAUUUGGAAGUCAACCAAAGGACCUCUGCUGAGGAUAGGCUUGUUCUGACUCCUUCCUGCGCAUGGGGCUGGUGAGAGGCAGGCAGGCGCCUGGAAUUGAGCCUGUGCGGACAGUGUGCCUGCCUCCCCAGGAACACCCGUUGCAUACAAAGACAGGACUUUGUCGAAGGAGAUUUUCUCUUCCUUUUCCCUUGGAAAAAUGAAACAACAAAAAAAAACACACAAAACUCCUAAAAACAACAACAACAACAAAAAAACCUUUAAAAAGACACAUCUCCCUUUGCUUUCUUCCUUGGAAAUAUUAAUUGAAGAAAAAAAAGAAAAAGGAGAAAAAAAAAAGUUGCCUUAUGGUGGAGCUGAAACUGGGAGGCUUACUCGGCUUCCUGGACCUUGGAGCAUGCUGGGCUCUUAGCUCAUCUGCCCAGAGACUCCUCACGGCACUGCUGCCGAGCUAUCUUCCCCACGGCCUUUCCUCAGACCCUGGAGCUCACUCAGACACUUCCCCCUGCCAUGUGGACUCCCUGCCGGCCCCAACUGCAGCAGGGGAAGGUGCUGAGAACAGUCAAACCCAAGGCUCAUGAAGUAGUUGAAGCUGCUGCUUUGUGUAUAUGCUGUUGUAGCAUCCUCCCCACGAUAGCGACUGUAUGUGCUUGUGGCCUCACUCGGACUUCCCCACACGCUGCACAUUCUGCUGUCUCCUGCCAGUCCUAGAGCAGCCCAGGGCCAGGGCAGGAGCUCAGUCUGCACCUCCAGUGUCAUCAGGAGGUGAGCAGGGAGAUCCGUCACAGCAGCUGGAGGAACUAUUUCUUGCUGUGAGCAAGGGAGAGGGCAAGCGUGUCCUUUGCAUAACUCAAUGCUGUAGCCUGACCUGUGAGUGAUGCAGUGCUGAGGAACCCCCCUUCACUGCAGGUGCAGGCCUGUUAGUGGGACUUACUAGGGGUACGAGUGGGAGACCUGUCUGUCAAAGGGGGGCUUUUGUGUGGGUUUCCUUCUACAUGUCUCAGCAGGUGACUGCAUGGAGUCUCCUGCUUUGGGCAGCAGCCCUGUGCUUCUCCAAGGGCUGAGACUGUGCUCUGCUGCCCCUUGCUUGGCUGAGGGAAGGGGAAUGAUUGCAAAGCUGCUGUGGCAUUUACUCGGCUCUUCUGAGCAGCACCAGGUGAGCUUUGGCAGGCAAAUCCUCCCCAAGUUUGUGAGCUACAUUGCCUUGAAGCAGGUGGGGAUAUGUCAGAGGGGCUGAAAUCUGCUCCUGGAGCCCAGAUGUAGCACUGGAAUAUUGUGCUCCUGCUUUAAAGGUAGAAGCUUUUUUCAGCAAGAGCUGCUUGCCUUGCUGCUGCUAUGCUCUGUCUCCUGGGUCAGGAUAUGUGCUUUGUAGCUGGCUUGAUUGUGGCUCUUGGUACCUUAUGCUUAUGAGCUGCAGUGUGUUGAGUGGGGGGCACUAUGAUGGGCUACUCAAAGAUGCAGGUAACUAUUAUCCUUGUGGCAAGAUCAAAAGUUGGUAAUGAGCUGCAUUUUUCCAAAGUACCUGACUGAUACAGAGCUGUAUCUUGUAGCUGGAAAAAGGAGUCAUCUCUCUGGGCCUGUCUCCAAACAGCUGUGAGGCUUGUUGGCAAGAGCAACUAGGAGUUGAGAGCAGAAAAAAGGAUAGUGAGCUUGGGCAAGUUAGCCAGAGUGGCCAGCAGGGAAUUGGAGAUUAGAAGUGGCUGUGGAUGCUACUGGACCCUGCCUGGCUAAAGUUACCAUCUUCCCUAACUGAUGCUGCAUCGAACAUGCUGCUUCGAUAGGUGGGUAGAGGGAGGGAAAGAAGGUGGGCUGGUCCGUGUGGAGCAGCUUCGUGAACUGCUGCUAGUAAUUGAAAGCACAGCUAGGGUUUGAGUGAGGCUGGGUCGCUACUUUACCAUUUCCUCAUAUUGUGAUCCUGGUCUGGUCUGUCUAUGAUUACCACGUCAAUCCUGCAGCUUGGUACCGCUUGGAGGCACGAUUUCAGCGCACAAACAUGUCUAAAUCCGUGGCUUACUCUGAUACAGCAGCAGUGGUCUGGGAUCCCGAAGUGGUACCCAGGCUAGAUUGUCAGGCAAAGUUUGUACAGCGGUGUGGCCUUGACUGUUCAUUACCUCUGAAUUUCCCUUCUCUUGUGGGCUGGAGUCAGACAUCUAAUGUUAUGAAUGUGGCAGGGUUUGACCCUAAUUUGGGAGGGAGGGAGUCCUGAGGCUAUAGACUGAGGAUUGAGCAAGGACACUAGCAACUUACUGUUGUCAAGUGCAGGUGGGUUUUACUUGAUGCCCCAGGUGGUCCUUGCUGCUGUGUUCUCUGUAUUCUUCUCAUUGGUGCAUGUUCUCUUUUGAAGGCAAUUGUCUGCAUUUCAUUUUCACAACAAAAUAGGAAAUUAGGAAAAAUAAGCUUUUGCUGUGGCGUUGUUGCUCGUGGAGCAGACUACAGAAUUGCUCUGGUAGUGGAAAAGGUUAAGAAACAUCCCACAGAAUUCUUCAAAAUCUGAAUUGAUCUUAAAUUAUUUUAAUUUCCCAGGCUGAGAUCCUAGUCUUGGCCCAGAACAGUUUCCCCCCUCUGCUGAGUCAGUGGUUUGUCGCAUCGGUGUGGCUGAGGCCCCGUUUGAAACAACGUCAGUUUUACAAGAGAGGUUUGGUCAGAAGGGCAGUCCUGGCUGUCAUACUGCAGUCUGGGUUUGCAUGCUGCUGGUCUUUGUUAGAGAUGACAGUAGAUUGUGUUAACUGUGUUCCUUGUUUUAAUUUCUGUGUUAGACAGCAGUGUGUCCAGGGAAUGCAGGAAAAAUGGAAAUAAGCAGCUGUUACUUGCUCCUGUGUGUCUUCCUGUAGACUGAACCAACACAGGGGAAUACGUCUCUGUUUGCUGUCACUAGAGUGGGGGAAUCAAAAGCUUGCUGUUCGCAGCCCCAAGUGUAGAGGCUGUUCAGGGGGAGAGCACUCUGUAGACUUCUGAUUAGAAGCAAGUCUCCUGCACCCGUGUUGUGUGGCAGCAUUUUGCAAGGCUGGGGAUGCAGAGUGCUUGGUGUGCCAAGCUGAGGAGGGGCCAGCUGCUCUGAGGUUGACCCUAAACAAGGUUUUCCUGUGUCUUACGGUGUGCACAGGGGACAGAUCUUUAAAUGCGCUUUCCUUUUGGCUGCAAGAAGCCUGCUACUGCUGUGUAGACUUUGUACAGAAGGCAUCGCACACAGUUUACUCCACCUCUGAGGGAAGAAGACAGCUGUCCAGAGAGGGGUUUUGCUUCUGAGGAAGCUUGGAUCCCUCUUGCCCUCCUGCUGAGGAAGGAGUUUGGCCUGACUUUCAGCUUGGAUGCUUCGUUGUGAUCGUAUUUCGUGCUUUUUGGUCUGAGUGGUCUGGCACAUGCAUUUCUGUUGCUGCAGUGCCACUCACUGAUGUGUUCUGCAGCUCACGGUCACUGCGCCUGGUUGGCAUCAGGCCGUUGGCCAGCAGCUGCUUUCAGAGGGAUGCUGAGGCUCUUGGGCAGCUGGUAACACACAGCCUCUGGGCAGAGCUGGGGGAGGUUUCUCCAUCUCAUCCCCCUGCCCUGGGAGGGCCUGCCACAGGCAGCCUCCCCUUUCUAGGGUCCCUUGAAGGUGCGGGUGGCUGUGACAAGUGCAGCGCUCUGUGGUGUGGGCUCAGUAGCGGAGGUGGAAGGUGUGUGUGCACACAUUUCGGAGGAGGCAGUAUUGCUUUGCCAUGUUCAUUGAAAAGAAACAAUAAAACCUUAAAACAAAACAAACAAACAAAAAACCCCCUGCUGCUCCAUCUGCCCAUCUGUUCCUCUUCGUGCUGCUUCCCUUCAAGCUCCCCGUUAGUGACCUUUCACCGUAACCCUUGGGUUCCCUUGAGGUUCUGCAACUGCUGGGUUUGAUUCUGACUGGUCAACUGUACUGUAACAAAAUGAUGCGUUAACCUCGGUAUCCUGCCACGUUUCCUUACAUAUUGAGCAUGGCAGUGCAGAGGAGGGGGCCUUUUAGCUGUUAAUGCCUUUCCAGUUAUUUUAUCAAAAACAAAACAAAACAAAACAAAAAACCCUGUAAAUGUAGCAGGCUGUUUGGAAUGUUUGUUUUCUCCUGUGUCUCUUCUCUGAGACUGGUUAUGUCACUUUGUCACUGUUUUGAAGUGGAUGCGAGGCUCUUGAGAGGGUGGCUACGCUUGAUGUUAAAUGCCUCACUGACUUUUUGAAGUUUCCAAUACAUGUAAAAGAUGACUGACUGUUUAAAAAGAAAAUACUCAUCUCAGUGGCGUGAAAUAGGUGGAUGGAGGGCAGUGUUUCAACAAGUAGUUUACAGUUUCACUUUCUGCAGACACUUGAACAUAGGACCGUGUAUCUGUGACAAGCACAUCGCGUUGGUAGGAAGCUCCAGAAAAGUUUGAAACGGCCUGGGCGUCAACUGACCUGUUUUCAGUUUGUGUAACGUCAGUGUGUCGAAGCGUGCUUUGGGUUAACUCGAGAUUCCCCUCUCUGUCCCUCUGUGGCUCAUUCCCGCUUCGCUAUGUCCACAGUGCAAGUCUCGCCCGUAGGUUGGCCCGUGCCAGCAGCGUGCUCGGCAGCGCUCUGUCCUUCGAGCCUGGCUGAUGGUGUGCCGGCAGGGCACGGCAGCCAGCCCGCGCCCCCUCUGCUGCCCCCAGCCUUCCCUAGUCCCCUCGGGGUUGGGAAUCUUGGAGCUGUUACUCAGAAACGGGCACAGAGCCUUACCUAGGUGAGGCUGAAGUGGGAAGCCCCUGGCCCCAAGGGUUUGCCCUAACCUGCUCAGAUUGGGUGGAUUAGACCUUGGCCUUUCAGUAGCUCACCUGGAACAAAAGGGGUGAUGCUUUGAUGUGCUGACCCUUCUCAAACUGUGUGUGUGUCCCAACCUCAGCCUUCUGUUUCCCAGAACUAGAAAGUGUGUGCAACCUUCUUCAGCUGCAUUUACUGUAGAGACAAACUUAAAAUGACUCAUCACAGACCAUUUAUCACUUGGGAGGAAAAUCUUGUUGAUACGGCCCGCUGUACCUGAUCCAUCUUCUGUCGAUAGUACAUAAUCUUUGACCCAUGUGCUAGGAUCAUCAUCACAUAUAAAAGGAAAAGAGAAAAAUGUAAAAUACUUGAAUGAGAGCUUGUAUUAUAACAUUAAUAUUAUUCAGAGUAUCUGCUUUCUAGGCUGAUGUGAUUCAUUAUUCUAGUAAUGCUUUAGUCCUUUGUAAUUUGUGGUAAUUAUGCUUUUUCCUUUUUAAUACAAAAAAAUGUAUAAAAAUAAAAACUUCAAAAGACAA